GGAGGCCAGCAGAAGACGGCAAGGUUUCCUCUCCCAGAACUAGCCACAUCCAACCACUGACAUGGCCAUCCUGAUGGAUAUCUGCCUGCUUGUUAUGCUGAUGGUGCCCUUGUGUGCUUCAAGAUCCAUACACAAAGCAGGGCUUGAAGACAACGGUGGCAGCGGAGAGAGCGAGGGGGCGUCCUCCAUCCCACCCCCUGCAAGUGUGACGCUAGGUGCAAACCCCACCUUGAAUGACCUCAUUGUGAAUGGGACUUCGACAUCCCUCAACAUAUUGGACGGGAUUGUGGACUUCUUCCAGAAGUACAUGCUCUUGAUUAUUGUGGUCGGCUCCUUGGUCUUCCUCUUCCUUUUCAUCGUGUGUGCCGCUGUCAUCGUCCGGCAGAAACACAAGGCUUCGGCCUACUAUCCAUCAUCUUUUCCAAAGAAGAAGUACGUGGACCAGAACGACAAGUCAGGAGGGGCCAAGGCCUUCAGCGAAGUGCCAGAGAAGCUGUCUGAUGCCGACCAGGAAGAGCCCGUUGACUCCACCAAACAGCUGCAGGCAGAUAUUUUAGCUGCUGCACAGAACCUCAAAUCCCCAGCCAAGGCUGUCACAAUGAACGGGGAGAGUGCCAAAAUGGAGGACAGGGCAACCAACGUCAAGGAGGAAAGGACAAAGACAAUGGAAGAGGCUGAGAAGGAAGAGAAAGCCAUUCCAGAAGAACAGGAUGGUCCAGCAGAGGAGGCUGAGACUCCAGCCCUGCCAAACUCAAUACAUGCGGAAAUCAAUGGGGAAGAUGUGAAGGAUCAACAGGUGGAAGAAGAAACUCACCCAGCAUCUCCAGAAGAGCCCAAGGAAUCACCAGGGACUGAUAAUUCCACAGGAAAAGUCUCAGAAAGUGAGGCAGAUGAGCCGGGGGCUCCACCCCCUGAUAGUACUUGCACCUCAGGAGACUAGGACACGGGGCCUCCCUUGCUUGGCUUUCCACCCAUUGGCUGUCGUGUUGAAAACCUGAUCAUACUGAACCUGUGAUGAACUUUACUUUUACUCUGUGGCCAACACCAGGCCCUUCAGUAUUUGACGUUUCCCACCUCCAUUUUAGAGAAGCCCCGUUAGAAGUAGCAUAAUGAGGUUUUGCCUUAACAGUCUCUUCAUUGAAUGACUUAGCCGCUCUCCUCUGACACAAGUACAAGGUAUUAUUUAGUAGGUGAGGAUGACUGGAGGAGAUCCAGCACUGAGCGCUGACUGAGAUCCAAAUGUAGGACUGAAACCACUGUUGGGUUUAAACCUAUUUUGAAACACUUUUUUGUGAAUAGAUAUGGUAGAACCUAUGGUUCAGGCCCACUUCUGGGUGAGGUUUUUUUUAGCAGUCCCCAAUAAUAGUAGCUGCCUACCCAAUCCCCACUUUCCAGGUGAGUGCCUGGCUGCUCCAUAUUCUAUACUCUCCCCGGGAUCAGUAACCCAUUCUGGUUUUCUGCCAAAGCUGAAUUUACACAGUGCUGAUUGGCUGGCCUUUUGGGUAAUCAUGAAGCCAACCUCUCCUUUUGAAGCAAGGCUGUGCAACAUGCCCAUUGGCCAGCCUUUGGGUCAAUUACAAAGCCACUGCACCUGCCUUUUUUGGAAGUAGGGACUUAGCACAGCACUGAUUGGUCAGCCUUUCGUGUCAAUCACAAAGCCACCUCAAUCUAACUUGGAGCCUUUUUUCAGGUGCUGAACAAAUUUUUGAUAAAAGAACAGUGCAUGAUGCUUAAAAAUGUGGCUGGCAAAAUUACAAUCUGGAUUCAAUUUGAAGCUGAGUAUAUGUGCCCUUUGAGGAGUGAAGGCGCAUGGGUGGAAGAAGUGCUCACCUCUCAGAAAAAAUCUCUGCCACAGUUUACAAGUAGGUCCGCAUGUGGCCUGACAAUCUUCGUUAGAGGUUCUGCUCCAAGAUUUCGUGAUGUUAGGUUUUAAAUUUAACUCCCAUCCACGUGACACAAAAACCUCAGUUGGACUUGAUAAUGGAUGCUACUUCUGACAUCAGCCGGAGAGACACCAACUUUGACACCGCAGAUGCCUUUGUGGUCAAUUUCAGUGCUCAAAAAAUCCUACAGAAGAUCCCUGCUCAAGAGAAUGGGCUCGGAUCUGGGAUGUGCCCACCUGAUUGACUGGCAUGCUUAAAGUUUCACAAACAUCCGGGCAUUUAUAUUAUUACAAGAAUUUUGGGGUGGGGAGGAAGCACACCAGAACUGGCUUUUCAUGCCACUUGAACCCUGAAGCAUUUGUAUCAGCAAAAGAUCUUCAUUCAUUUUUGAAUUUUGAAUUUAUAAUAUCUGUGGAAACAGCAUAUAUUUGGGAAACUCAAAAAAUCUGCCUACAGUGCCAGUAAUGUUGGCUGGACAUUUUUACUCUUUCUACCAGCUCUGACAGGGUUCGGGGGAGCUAAACUAAAUUGUUUAAAAACUCACUUUUGUACUUUUGUGAAGGACUUUUGAGUGGCUUUAUUGUUUCCAUUUGGGAUUCUGAGACGUUUUCUCCUCUGGCCUGCUCAGGAAAGAGAGGAAUACUUUUAGCAAACAUUACAGCUGGACCAAGAAACUCUUUAUAUGUGACAAGCCUUGAAGAAUUUGAGCGGAGGGUUUUAUUGGGGGAGGACCAUUUUCGCCCAGCUUCUUCACAAAGGUUCUGAUAAUAUUUAUGACUGUGGCCAUUCCUCAGAACACGAGAUAAUAGGGAAGCCCUCUCUUAAGUCUAAUUAGCCAACAAAAAAGCAUUGAUGGUUAUGCCCUCUCUAAGAACAGGGAUUUGUCAAUCCUGGCUGGUGGGCCCUCAUUUUCAGCUAUGGCUGUGUGCCAUGGAGGGGCUUGGGGAACUAGGUUGGGAUCAUGGAAUUGUAAAGUUGGAAGGGACCCCCAAGGGCCAUCUAGUCCAACCCCCUGCAAUGCAUUAGUGAUGUUUGCCCUGCCCUCUUUCUGGCUGGCUGGGUCCAUUUAAAUUUCCCAAUAUGCUUCCAAAUACCAGAUGCUGGAAGCCACCGAAGAGGCAUGUGCUCUUGUGAUGGUCUUCUAUCCCACAAUACCAUGCACACCAUUCUCCUGGGGUGCUGUGGAGAAUUAGAACCCUGGAGCCCUUUGCAUUCAAACCCAGGAGGACCCAACAACCCAGGUAGGCCACCCCCUCAUGCUUUCUUGUUCAACAAGCACCAUGGAUUGGGUGGUUUUAGGUGAACAGCUUCUGGGAUGCCUUUGAGUGACCAGUGGGAGCAAAGGCAACAUGAGGGGUCAGAGGUCCUUGGCUGAUUAAGACUGGGGGUCAAGGACUACAGGGCCUCAACCAGGAACCUCAUGGCCUAGAGUUACUUGGGCAGAAAUAAUGAUUUAUCUGGAAGUGCCCAUUCCCUCUGUUGGAAAAAGCAACUUUCCCAUUCAAUGGUUAUGCCAUGUUCUGAAAAACAUUUUGUUUAAAACCACACAGGGUAAAAAAAAGGCCAAAGCUACUUACUGCACUGAGUUUGGGGCCCUUUUGCAAAACUACUUUGGUGUUAAGUGUGGAAGGGGAAUGACGACCAGUACAGGGAUUCCUAAGAAGAAUGGCUUCCACCAAAGCUACUCUCUUGGAUUCUUCCAUGGAAAACGUUGGCAGGCUUCGCAAAACUGUAUACGGUCCCUGGGCAACCACCACAGUAUCUGAAAUCAUCGCCAUCUCGUCCAGAAGUCAUAGAGAAAUAAACCAGAGGGAUUAUCUCUGCAAUUUUAUAAACUGAAAUCUAACCAAUUACUUAAGAAAUAACCUGAAUAUUAAACAAAUUAAUUAAGU